AUGGCAGAAUACUCUUUGCUAGCGGGUGGAAAACGUGUCAGGCCUCUACUUUGCAUUGCAGCCUGCGAGCUCGUGGGUGGCGACGAGGCUACUGCCAUGUCAACUGCUUGCGCGGUCGAGAUGAUCCACACGAGCUCUCUCGUUCAUGAUGACCUUCCUUGCAUGGACAAUGCUGACCUCCGUCGAGGCAAGCCCACCAACCACAAGGUAUUUGGAGAAGACAUGGCGGUUUUGGCGGGUGAUGCACUAUUUGCUUUAGCGUUUGAGCACAUGACGGCUUUGUCAAGUGCGUUGGUUGUUUCCCCUAAGAGGAAGGUCCGUGCGGUUAUUGAGUUGGCAAAGGCCAUAGGGACAAAAGGGCUAGUAGGUGGUCAAGUGAUCGAUUUAUGUAGCGAAGGGUUGAAUCGAGACGAUGCUGGAUUGGAGCGUCUAGAGUUCAUCCACCUCCACAAAACGGCUGCUUUGUUGGUGGCAGCGGCGGUUGUAGGAGCCAUAUUGGGAGGUGGAACAGAGGACGAGAUCAAAAAGCUAAGAAAGUAUGCGAGAUGUAUUAGGCUGUUGUUUCAGGUGGUUGAUGAUAUACUUUACGUAACGAAAUCUACUGAUAAAUUGGGUAAGAGCGCCGGAAAUGACGUUGUUGCUGGCAAACUUACAUAUCCGAGGUUGAUUAGUUUGGAGAGAUCGAGGGAACUUGCGGAGAAAUUAAGCAAAGAAGCAGAGGAACAGCUUCUAGGGUUUGAUCCAAAUAAGGCGGUUCCUCUGGUGGCCCUUGCUAGUUACAUUGCUGGAAGACACAAUCGAUCAUAA